AUGUCUCAACUAUUCAAAUUUUCUUAUUUUUUGAUACUUCUUGGGUGUCUAAAAGGAACAGAUUCCGCUCAAUUGCUAAUUGAACCAUCAUUUUUACUUGUUGAAGAAGACUGGCCUGUAGGUACACAUCUUCCAGUAACAAUAUGUCCGAAAAAUGUGAAGAUUUUAUCCGGAGAUCCAGCCAGCUACUUCACUGUUGUUAAAAUCAAUGAAACGUGCUCCACGUUGCAGUUAAAUUUAGCUCUAGAUGCAGAUAAAGAAAAUGCCGACGGUCUCCGUGGGCAAUCGUUCUCACUUGUCAUUGCGGGACCUAAAAAAUCGAGAGCCACGUUGGAGGUUCAGAUAGUAGAUGUCAAUGAUAAUUCUCCACAGUUUUCAAACACUCCAAGCAGUUUUGAAAUAUCUGAAAAUGCUGAAAUUGGGACUGAUAUCUUCAAAGUGACCACCUUGGACCCAGACACGGGGAUUUCUGGAAUUUCCAGAUUUUCUGUAGAGGGAGAUAGUUCUUUUACGUUAGCUAAACGCAAAUGCUCAUCUGGAAAAUGCUCAACACAAUUACGUCUGGCAAAGAAACUUGAUUUCGAAGAAAAGCCAAUUCAUACUUUCAACAUUACUGCAAAGGACGGCGACCCACAUUCCAAUAGAACACAUACAGUUGCCCAUACUGUUACAAUACAUGUGAAAAAUGAGAAUGACGAACCUCCAAAAUUUCUGACCGAUUUCUCUCAAGUUUUCCCAAUUUUCAAAUCUACCAAGCCUGGAGAUAUAAUUGCAAAACUUGAAGCUAUCGAUGUGGAAAAUGGUGCGGAAAUUCAAUUUGGGAUGAAAGAAAAUGAACAUUUAAAAAUUGAUUCAAAAUCUGGCAAUGUUCUUUUGAAAAAACUACCCACAGAUGAUGCGCUGAUAACUGUGGAACUGUAUGCCACGUCAUCAAAAAACGGAAAAUCAAAAACCGUAGAAAUGAAACUAAGACUCAUGAACGACGAGGCAACUUUACCUAAAAUAGCGGAAAAUCAGGAAAAGCCUGAACUUUGUGAGUUUCCAAUUUACGAAGCUCAUUUGAUUCAAGGGACUGGAACUUUCUCAACACCGCUCAAGAUUAAGACAUUGAAGUCUAUGGCAGAGGAAAAACCACGUCUGAUCGGUGGCUCGGAGAGCUUUGAUUUAAAUGUUAUUGAUGAUUUCCACGUGGAAUUAAAAGUGCUGAACGCAGAAAAAGUUGCAUCGCAAGUCUUGGACAGUGCACAGCUGUUGGUAAAAUCACAAUCUGGACAGUGUCGGAUUGUUCUUCGUUCUGCAGCUCAAAUGACACCAAAAGCCUCUCCAAUUGCUCAAAAACUAAAAAUAAUUCCAAAAUUUGAAAAAUCAGAGUAUCAAUUUCAAGUUGUCGAAAAUCGGGAGCCAACUGUCCUUGGAGAAGUAAAAGUGAUUAGUGAUGGACCCGUAACGUAUGAGAUUCUCGGAGAAAAUGGAGAGAAAUUUCAAAUUUCAAAUGAUGGAGAAAUUCAGAAUUUGGAACCGAUUGAUCGGGAAACUUAUGAAAAAUUUGAAUUAAUUGUCAAAGCAACCGAUUUGAAUGGGUCAUCUGGUAAAUCCCAAUUGAUUAUCCACGUGAAAGAUGAAAAUGAUAAUUCGCCUAUAUUCGAUAAGGAGCACUAUUUUAUUACAGUAGACGAGGGAAAAAGUGAAAAACUAAAAAUUACGGCUACGGACGCCGAUUCGGGAAAAAAUGGCCAAAUUGUGUAUUCAAUUGAUCAAAAAAUCGAUAAUUUACCAAUCGACAUAUCACCAGAUGGAAUGCUUUUUAUUGGAGCCAUUGAUAGAGAGAAUAUGGGAAACUCAAAUGAGGUCAAUUUGACAGUAACAGCAUCAGAUUCUGGGGAACCGAAGAGAAGUGCCAGUGCAACGGUAACUAUCAGAGUAAAGGAUAUCAACGAUAACUCGCCGGUAUUUUCAAACUCCCGAUACUCAAUCCCGCUGGAUGCAAAUAUCUCCCCGGGAGGCAUCAUCGGACGCCUUGAAGCUACUGACGCAGAUUCCACGUCACCAAAUAAUUAUGUGACGUAUACAAGCGGAGAUCCAAAAUUCACAGUCAGUGAUUCCGGAGAAAUUCUGUUCACGGGACCCGGAACUUUGGAAAAGUCUGCGAGUUUGGAAUUCAACGUGACUGCUCAGGAUGGAGGAGAUCCGAUGAACAGUGCAAACGCUCUCGUGGUCAUAAAUGAGCAUCGAUCCAUGAAAUCAAUUGAAAAUGAAUUGACGACUCAGAUUAAUAGCAAUGAUACUGGGGGUGAAAAGUCUGAGAUCAAAUGGUUGAAUGCUGGUAUGCCCGGGUACACCUAUGAGAUAAUCCGUGCCUCAGCCGACGGAUUCUCCGAUUCUGAGGUUGCCACGUGGAUAUCGAUAGACUCGAAAUCGGGACGAAUUUACACUUUGAAGAAGGUUGACCCAUCAAGAGUGAAGCAAAUCAAAUUGCACAUAUCGAUGCGAAAAGGAAAACGUGAAGUCCCUGUGGAACUGAUAAUUAACGUUAUGGACACUGAUGACGUCACACCUAUUUACAGUACUCCUACCCGUAAACUCAGUGUAACGGAAUCUGCAACACUAGGUACUACAGUAGUCGAUAUGCCAGUUGAAGGAAUCAAAGAGCAAAAUGAAAUAAAAUAUUCUCUCAAAAUUACCUCUGGACCACGUGGAAAACUUCAAAUCGAUCGAUAUGGAACUAUAAAAAUCAUAAAAUCAUUAGAUUUUGAAACAGAACAAAUAAUCAAGGGAAUUGUUGAAGGGAUGGUUGUGAAAAAUGGAAAGGCUGCAAAAAGUUCAUUUAUACUAACAAUCCUUGAUGCUAACGAUAAUCGGCCCAUCUUCAAAAACUCGUCCAACUUCGCAGUUUCACUACUAGAAAGUUCUGUGUUGGGUACUGUACUUGAUCUACCGUAUCCGUUGGCAACCGAUCGGGACAGUAGCAAAUUUUCAACAUUGAAAUACAGUAUGACUGGAGAUGAAGGCUACUUUAAAAUCGAUGAGAGCAACUCCACAAUACGUUUGGUUGCGCCAUUGGACUUUGAAACUCAACGAGUUCAUUCAUUAAGUAUCAAAUGUGUAGACAAUCAAGGACGGGAACCACAUCACGAAGUUUUUGCAUCGGUUACUGUCACAGUGAUCGAUGUAAAUGAUAAUGCCCCAGUCAUUCAUAACACAGACCUGACACAUUUAUCAAUUGAAGAAGAUGCACAAGUUGGACAAGUUGUUACUGUACUCGUUAUAUCCGAUUCAGACGAAGGAGGUGUGCAAAAAACAGAAAUUGAUGUUAAUUCCACUUUAUUCCGAGCCGAUUCCGACAAGAAACUUGUCGUUAUUGCUUCUUUAAAGGGACAUGCUGGACAACGAAUAUGUUCAACUGUCACAGCAACCGACGUAGGAGGUCUAAGAGCCACGUCACCGUAUUGUGUUACGGUAUACCCUGCUAAAAAUACACAUCACAAUCCGUUAGUUAUUACACCGAAGCAGAACUCCAUUCACUACUUUGAUGAGAAUAUUGUAUAUGAUGAACUUCUUAAAGUCAAGGUUUUGGAAGAAGAUGGAGAUAUUGGAAAUGUCACUUUCCGUUUAGAUGAAAUGUUCAAAAAGAUUCUUGCCUGUCGCAUCAACAAUUGUACAUCGACCCAUUUGUUCAUUUCGGUGAAUGAUCGAAAUGACAAUUGUCCAAUGUUCCCAAAACAGGAUGUUCGUCUAACCGUAUUGGAAAAUGAAAAAGGGAAACGUCAAGUUGGACGAAUUCCAGCGGCUCUGGAUUCAGACUUUCACUCAGACAACACAAAAGUGUGCUAUACAACCGACACUCCAUUAUUCUUCUUCUCGGAUCCAACUCUUCCAAUUUUGUUCACUAAUUCCAGUUUUGAUAGAGAACACAAGAAGCAACAUCAAAUUUCUAUUACUGCGUACGAUUGCCAUCUUUCGUGUCGAGACCCACAUAAACCGAUAAAUGGGACAAUUGUUGCAUUGAUUGAUGUUCUCGAUAUCAAUGACAACUUUCCAAAGUUUUCUGAAAAAAUCUACACAAGUACUGUAGUUCAGGGACAUGUGACCACUGGAAGUCAUAUUUUGACUGUACAGGCAACGGAUUUAGAUGAGGAACCGGAGGGAUUGAAGUACAGUAUUCGAGGAUUCGUUAGGUCGCCUAGUCAUUCAUUUGUCGCCGCUGAAUCACCAAUCUCAAUUGAUAAAUCAACGGGAGAACUGAGUGCAACUGAAAUACUCAAGGAUUCAUCUUAUUCGUUUACAGUAGUUGUUACUGAUGGUGCAGGACACGAAGAUACUGCUUCUGUUGUGGUCAUUGACUUAUCAUAUGAACUUUCAACAAAUGCUAGUUUUCAGAUCUCAGUGGUAACAUAUGCACAGCAAACGGAGCUUGUCUUUGAUGCUCCGUUUGAAUUAAUUAUGAAAAAUGAGAAGAAAAUUGCAGAAAACCUAUCAAAUGCGACUGGUCUCCAAACAAUAGUUGACAAAUGCCGACAAAAUGCCAAUUUUACUCUGAUGCUUGUACAUUUUAUGGAUAUUAAUGGACAAUUUGUAAAUGUGGAUCGAGCUGUGAACCUAUUGAUGUCAUCAUCGGCUGAAUCUCGAAGAGAACUCAGAAGUGUAUACGGGCUUAGAGAAGCUUUCCCUCCCGUUCCGAUACCAUCUAAAGUUCCACAAUAUAUUUUGAUCGCCGUGCUUUUAUUCUUUGUAAUAUCAAUACUCUCAAUGUGUAUAUGGUGUCGACAACGGAAUAACUACGAACGAAAGCUCCGUCACAUCUCAGCACAAGCAUCUACUGUACAUACAGUAACACUUGGAAGAGGCGGAAAACAGACGUGUAAUCCGGGUUACGGUGAAAUUCCAAUAAUUAGCCGACAUCAUCAUCCUCCACCGGCACCUCCACCUCCAACUUCUGCAGAUUUGCAGUCAACUGAACUUUAAUUUAUUGAUUCACACUUCGGAGGCCCCACGAAAACGGGAUCUGCAAAAAAGGGGAUAUGGCACUGUGCCAAACGCACGUUGAUUUUUGAAAUAUUCUUCUGGAAAACACACUAAACAACGCGCGAUUCGUAAUUUCGAAGCAUUGUUGUAGUUUGCCAGAUCGCUUUUUUGCACUUUCCCUUUUCGUGGGACCUCAUACUUCGCCAUAUUUUGUUCCACUUCCUCAAUAUAACUUGGUGCUUUUUCUAUUUCAAUUUGCUCUGAAAAUUCUAGUCUCUCUGUUUCCUUUUCAGCGUCUUUCAAAAUCGUUUUGUGCUUGAAUACUGGUAUAUAUUGAUUAUUCUUCGAAAAUUGUUCAGAUUUUGAUAUUUUUCAUAUUUUCUUCAGAGAAAUAAAAGAACAGUUGAUGAA